CCCGCCCGCCGCGCCCGCCCCAAAUCCACGUCGGACGCCUGCCUGGAGCAGUGGCGGGCGCUGGAGCCGGCCGACGGGAGGGACUGGACGGUGUCGCUGCUGUCGCAGAGCCGCAACCGGCAGCCGCUGGUGCUGGGGGACAACUGCUUCGCCGACCUGGUGGAGAACUGGAUGGACCUGCCCGAGGUGGGCGCCGAGCCCCGCCGCCGCCCGCCCGCCGAGCCCUCGCGCCGCCUGGGCAAGCCGCCCGCCUUCCUGCUCAGCCUCUCGGGCAACGUGCGCCGCAAGCUGGCCAGCAUGGCCCGGCCCCGAGGCGCGGAGGGAGCCCGGCCGGGGGCCCGUGACCCUGCCAAGCGCCUGUCGUGCCCGCUGGGGCUGGGCGGGCAGCCCAAGGGAGCUUGCUUCCACCAGUCCCACAGCAACAUCGCCCAGCUGGCCACGGACUUCCACCGCUUCACCGCCCUCAUGAACAGCCGCAGCCGCCAGCCCAUCAUCUGCAACGACGUCAUCGGCUACAUCUAGCCCUGCCAUCCCCCCCCCCCGCUGUAAAUAAACCCCCGUUUUGUAUGA